CAUCAGGCAUGCAUUUCCAGCACCCUCGAGGUCGAUAGCGUAGGAUUCGAGACCCGAGUAAAUCCAUAGAUCAUUUGGACCGAUCUCUCCUUUACAGAAGAAACAUCCGAUCAAAAUGACAGGAAAAGAACCAACCCAACGUUGCCGGGGGCUGUCGCGUAGAUCACGCGAGCGCAACACCACUAACCCGUAACCACUAACUGGCCGGGCCCUCGGGAUUCCUCGCCUUCUUUUUUCUUUCCAUCCGCCGCCCUUUUCAUCUUUUCCCUUCAUUCCGGCUUAUCGGCGCAUCAACCCUUCCUCGGCCACCCCUCUCUUCUACACCUCCACCACCUCCUCACAGCCGUUUCCCUUCGACCUAUUUCCCUUAUUUUCCGCCGCCGCCGUCGUCGUUAUCGACUUUCCUCCAUUUUCCUCCAUGUCGCCGCCUCCGUUGAGAUAAACCACCCAUCAUCUGAAUGACCUGCGAUGGCGUUCAACUUCAACUGGUCGCCGUUAAUGGCGGACGCGAGUUUUUACACUCGCGCCCAGGAGCUGUUAACCGCCGCUCUCAAUAAAUCGCCAAAACCGCCCAUCAUUGUGGACGACAUCAUUGUCACCGAACUCAAUCUCGGCUCCAUCCCGCCCGAGCUGGAGAUCUUGGAAAUCGGAGACCUGGCCGAGGAUCGCUUUCGAGGCAUCUUUAAGAUGUCCUAUACUGGCGACGCCUUUUUGACCCUGAAGACCCGGGUCCAAGCCAAUCCGCUCAAUACCUAUCUCCUCACCAGACCGUCUUUUGCAACUCCCUUGCCUGUCGCUGCAGCAACCCCUCUCACUAUCCCCCUUCAAAUCACGUUAUCCGAUUUUAAGCUGUCUGGCUUCGUUAUAUUGGUGUUUUCGAAGCAAAAAGGCAUUACGGUCGUCUUCCGAAAUGAUCCCCUUGAGUCACUCAAGGUCUCGUCAACGUUCGACUCCAUCCCAUUCGUGCGCGACUUCCUGCAAAGAGAAAUAGAAGGCCAACUUCGGGUUUUGUUCAUGGACGAACUGCCCGCCAUCAUCCAUCGUCUAUCUCUUCGCCUGUGGGUCCCAGAAUACCGGGCCGGAGAGGAAAUGGCGAACCAGGCCACCGACGCCGCAGGUGAAGGCCCUGGUCAGGAUCCCUUGGCCAGUCCGCCUCAGGACCCUGUGGAUGCUUUGGGGAACGCUUUGGACGAAUCGGAGAUCGCAUCGCUUUCAUUGGAUUCCUCAGUCGAAACACACUCUCUGUUUUCUCAAAAGAAUCUUCUACGCCUGGCCGCCCUCACGGAUUCUCAGCGAACGCUAUCACUUUUUACCCCGUCUAUCCAGGAGGUGGUUUAUCGCGCGUGGACUUCGCCUUCGGAUGCAGGCGAUGUUGCUGGAAGUGUAACGUCUCCCUUGAGCCCCGCCCUUUCUCGGACCCACUCCCAGGUUGGCGGUAUGUCUUCCUUCCAUGAUACAGCCAGUAUGGUGUCUACGCAUAGCCGGUCGUCAGCAAACACGCACACUUUCAGCAGCUAUGGGUUGAACUUAGGAGCCGGCCGUCACUCGAAGUCCAAUGCGAGGAGGCGGAAGAAGCGUGUGGUGGAUCUGCGUCGUCCCAAGACAACUGAAGACGCCGCAAGUGUGAGCGGCGAAAGCACUUUCACAGACACCACCAGUGCGCCAUCCGUCUGCUCGGCUCCUCUGCCAGUGGUCAGCGAACAGACCGAUGACCCAGUUACGCCUCCGUUGUCCCCGGAUAGUGGACUUCACCUUCCACCAAUCCCCGAACGACACCGCAUGAGCAUUUCCAGACCUAUGCCGCCGCGCCGUGACAUUGCGACUGAAAUGUUGCGUGAGUCCGGGGAGUCGUCUGCACAGCCGGUUCGUCAUCCGGCAGCUGACAUCGAUGCUACUCCUCGGGUUGCUGUACACCCCUACAUUGCUGCUCAGCGGGAGAAAGAGAAGCGAGAAACUGAGGCUUCGCGCCAGCUCCCUUCAAAGGCGCUGCCAUUUACCGACACGAAGCCGACAUCUAGCAUCGUUGACCAAGCGCUGGUUGAGAGGCUGGCAGGAGAAAUUGCACGUCGCAUGCGGGACGAGAAAUUGACUUCAGGUAAUUCCUGCAGCUCGUUUUGGGACCGGCUCAGCCAUGAUGAUGCCCCUCCAGCGUACGGUCAGUGACUGCGAUGGCGCCGGGGGCGUCUUUGUACUCUUUUAUCUUCACCCAUUCUUUUCUCAGAGGCUAUGCAGCUGUUUUCAGUGCAAUCCUCCCAGCUCCAGCCAGCCUGGAGCAGUUGAUGACCGAUACGACAUUGCAUUUUUAAUUCUGGCUGUCUUUUUACUGUGCUUUUAUUUGUUUUCCAAGCGGGCUUUAGAACUUUGUAUAUUGAUUGGACUGUACCCUAAAAGAAUCCGGCGUGUUUUGUGUGCUUUUACUUUUACUGUGCGAGCGACCUGCUUCUGAGGGAUACCACUUCGCUCACUGACUAUCAUUCAUUGUGUUCCUACCCUACUCUCCUUUGUUCUCUCUUUCUCUGUUAGUUGUCUGUUUGGCCUGGGA